AUGGCCACCCCGGGGGUCGUCCAAUCCGAGGCCGGCGUCCAUUCCAACACAGGCGUAAUCGCAGGCGUCGCGGCCGGUGUGCUUCUGCUCGUGAUCAUCGCGGUCGCGCUCUUCCUCUGGCAGCGCAAACGCCCACGCGCGCGCUCGCCCGGGAGCGAAGAAGGAUUCCGCGCCGUGCAGUCUCGGACAUCAGACGGCGCUCGUGCGACCUCCCCGCCUUCCACACCUUCCAGCAUUGUGGAAACCGUGGCGUGCACGGGCCUCACCUCGACCUCGGGCACGUUGCACGGCGGAUCUUCUUCAGACCCUUCCGCCGCCGCGCCUCCUCUCGCGGAAGCGGAAGACAUCGCGAGCCCUAUCAACUUCGUCUGGUCGUCCGCGACGUCCAGCAUCCCGUCAACACCCACCGCCCCGCUGUUGCCCUCGCCUCCCGCGACGCUCGCGCACCCGUCCCCGUUGUCCAGGCGCGCGGCGGCGGCGUGGGCGCACCUCGCGCUCACGCGCCAACCCUCCACGUCCCUCUCGCUCGCCUCCGCGCGCGCGACCGUCCACGAGCCGUCCUCGCCCGCGCCCGCACCCGCACACGCGCCGCCCCUCACAUCUGAGAAAACGCGACACGUCCACCCAGGCGGAGACCGCCCCGCACGCCCCACCACCACCUCACGCCAGGCCCACACGCACGCCCCGAGCGCGGUGCCCCCUUCUUUCCGCGCGGGAGCGGGGGACGACCUCGGCCGCUCGCUCUCGCUGGAGACGAACGCGUCCGGGCGGACGGCAUACUCCGUCGACGGGGGCGUGCGCCUCGCGGGCGGCCGCCCGGGCGAGGACGAGGACGAGGACGUGCCGGAAGUGCCGCCGUACGCGCGCGGGGCGCCGACGCGCGCGUGGGUCAUGCCGCCGCCUUACAGCGACCUGCACGCCGGCGCGGGGGACCGGCGGAGCGGGAGAGGGAGCGGCGGCGAGGCGGGGACGGUUUCUGGGGCGUUGUCGAGGCUGGGGUAG